GAAUGUGAUGGCGAACGUGGCUGCCUCGUGGCUCCUCGUGCUCUCUGUCUGGCGUGUUGCUGAUGCAAAUUACUUUUCCCAUUGGUACGAGGAUGGCAGCCCUGCGACGGAUGCCACGGUCAGGUAUCACACUACUACAACAGAAAGUAGCUGGUGGGAGGCUGCGCGAGGAGGGUGUGAAGGGGGAAGAGUCUUCAUCCCCAAGUCUAGCGUAUUACCUGACCCCAUAAGACAGAACAUGACCUCAGGUCAAUACUACUGGAUAGGGGCAAUUGAAUAUUCAACAUGGAAAUGGGCAGACGGAGUCCCUUUCUUCACCUACAUUGGUUACAGUUCAAAACGCUUGCCAAGCUCUAAUGGUCAUCAUAUCGACGGUAACUCCGCCUCCCGGUGUCAUUUACAGUGUGGGGGGGACGGGCCCUUUGGACUGAGGGGCGAGACGUGCUACUGUGACUUCUCACACCAGAUGCAGGAGAAGCAUAACAAAACAGAAGUCCGCUGUCCAGGACACUAUGACGAGGGAUGUGGAAACCAGAAUGGCGUAUCUGUGUACAAGAGUGGAGUCAAAGUCAAAAUCACUCCAGGGGAUGGAGAUGCGUGUGUGUAUGCAGAAAUCACAACCUUACCUUACGGUAAUAUCGCGUAUUAUUCAUCAAGCUGCAAUCACUUAAGAUCCGCUGCUUGUCAAAAUGGAACAGUAAAUGCAUUUUACAGGUCAACAGACAGUCAUGAUAGAUGCAUCGGGGGCAUAUGUGUUCUUCAUACUCUCAAGACGUGGGGAGAUGCAGGCCGUAUGUGUAACCUGGUGAAGGUGACCAGUGUCAAUGAAGGUGACCUUAAAGGUGCAAUGGUGCAUAGCUUUUUGAGUAAGGACAAGUACACCUACUGGAUUGGAUUAAGAAGAGUCUACGUGAAGAAAUGGUUGAACGGAAGCGACGUGCUUUGCAGUGCAACAGGUCAACCCGUAAACCAAGGAUGUCUCGCUACAACCGGGACCUCACUCUUUAGGUGGGAGGAUUGUUCCUCUAAAUUACCAACUAUAUGUGAAUCGGUCCAUCCCGAGUCGACAACAUCAGCGUCCACUACGUCAUCUGGUCCACACACCUCUUUGAAGUCCAUCGACACAGGAACCUCGACACCUACAACCAUGUCCGCACUUACCAGUCAGACAGCCUUCACCAGAGCUGCCGUCAAACAACCGGAAGAACCGUUAUCAAGUGAAAACGACCAAAGCUAUAUCAAUAUAGGUUUGUACUGUGGCCUGUCGGUUCUGGGUGUCGUCAUUGGAGCCAUCGUUCUAACCCUACUGCUUGUUAUGUACAAGCAGAAAAAGGGUUGCUUUUCUUCAACGUCACAUGCUCGAAGGUCUAACAGUCUCCGUCUCGUAGCCAUGGAUAACGACCUCUACCUAAGCACGAUGCAUGUUCAAAAUGGGCAAGGACCUUCAACGGCAAAUAGAAACUGUGAUGAUGACGAAUACGAUCUGCUUGGCCAGAACAAGCAUGGGUGUUCAAAUGGAGACGAGUUAUGCCGUAAGACGGGUGAAGGCAAUACAGUAUCCAGUGAUCCGGGGGGCGCUGCUCACUAUAACAGACUGGGUCACAGUGAUCCCGCUUCACACCAUGACGAGCGUGGUGCUUACGAUCAUGUGCUGAAGAACCAGACUAUUCGGGAUGAAACGUACGACCAUGCAGGAGACAACGGUGCAGUUCGUAGGGGCGAUGACGUGUACGACCAUGCAGGAGACAACGGUGCAGUUCGUAGGGGCGAUGACGUGUGCGACCAUGCAGGAGACAAGGGUGCAGUUUGUAGGGGCGAUGACGUGUACGACCAUACAGGAGACAAGGGUGCACUUCGUAGGGGAGAUGACGUGUACGACCAUGCAGGAGACAAGGGUGCAGUUCGUAGGGGCGAUGACGUGUACGACCAUGCAGAAGACAAGGGUGCAGUUUGUAGGGGCGAUGACGUGUACGACCAUGCAGGAGACAAGGGUGCAGUUUGUAGGGGCGAUGAGGUGUACGACCAUGCAGGAGACAAGGGUGCAGUUCGUAGGGGCGAUGACGUGUACGACCAUGCAGGAGACAAGGGUGCAGUUCGUAGGGGCGAUGACGUGUACGACCAUGCAGGAGACAAGGGUGCAGUUCGUAGGGGCGAUGACGUGUACGACCAUGCAGGAGAAUCACCACAACCACAGGAAGACGAAGGAGAUCUUGCUGACUCAAGACACGAUACAGAUACCCAGGUUGGCGAUUCUGUUGGUGGCACCGAGAAUGGUAAUGCCAUGAUAGCCAAGGCACCAUCAAACAUGCCCGGGAUUACUGACACCAGUGCCGAGAUAUACUGUAAUCUCGGGUCCGAUCAGCUUGUGUACAACAAUGACCUCGACAGAGGACAAGCCGCAGAGACGUGUACUGAUGAAGACGGCUGCUAUUAUAAUAUAGGGUAACAUUUUUUCAACCCAAACUGUUGUUUCAGCAGAUGCAAAAGUGGGAUGUACACGAUAGCAUUCAUGCUAGAGAUAUUUUUAUAAUAACCCAGAACAUCCUACCCUUUUCGCGAGCACUUGACGUCAUCACUAAUUUUCACUGCUCCACUCAUAUUUUGUCACCAAUAUUUUGCCUUUUACGCCCAAUGGAAUCUGUUUCGUCGGAUAAUCGAGACUGGUUAUUCUCUGGCGUUCAUAUUUUAUAUAUCUACACUCUGAGGUAGAAGAACGCCUCCGUGGUCUAGUG